AUGGCUGGUAAAAAGAAGAAAACUUUGGCGAACAAGCUUGCCAAGAUGUCAGAUGAAGAAAGGGCCAGGUAUAUGCAGCAUAGAGCUGAUAUCGAGGAAGAAGCAAAAAGGAGAAAAGAGCAACUGAUUUCUACUUUCAUGAAGAAUCGCUAUGUGGAAAAGCUGAAGCUAGAGUAUCAGAAUGAUUUAGAGGAACUAUUGAAUUGUAAUAAAAGAGAAAGAGAGAUGAUUAUGGACAAUACUGAUAGAGAAGAAGAUCAUUUGAAAACUAUUGUAUAUGGACAAGAGACGCAAGCUAAGGAGAUAAUAAGAAGCGAAUAUCAGGGCUAUAUGCAAAUGUGUUAUGAGACGGAAUGUGAGGUAAUUUGUUUCUCCUAA